UUACUGGCUGCAGCCCAUCCCACUUUCAGUGACGGGUACCAGUGUUAUUGUUGUGGAGAAAUGAGCCGUUUUUAUGACGACAGGCCACUACAGCCAGUUCCAGUAAUUAAUCAAACAUGGAGCGGACGUUGGACACAAGAAGACUGGCAAAGUGGGAUUGGCAUUCUGAUUGAAGGUAAUAUUCGAGCUCGAUCCAGACACAUUAUAACAGAUUCGUCUAAAACCAAGCACAGGUACUAUGUGCUGCAUAUGAAAGUACAUCACGCCCAUAAAAGAAAAUUUGACAGUGGUGGAAACGAAAUAGAACCCAACUUCAGUGAAAAACAUAAAGUUAGCACUGGUUAUUUACAAUCGUCAUACAAAGUUGAAGCCAAAGGACAGAGUGAUAGACUGUCUCAACCAGAACUUAAUUCACUUGUGACAAAACCCGAACUUAUCAAGUUAACAGAACAUCAGUGUCCCCCAGGCUGCGUUUCAGUUUGGAUUGAGGAGAAAUCAUUAGAGAAAAUAGAACUUGGAGAUGGUGAUCACAUCAGAGUUAAAACAUCAGGGGAUGGUCCAUUUAUAGCAUCAUUUGCCAAGAUUGACUUUGUUAACGUCAAUGUUUGCAACUACGCUGGUGGAGAAGCUGCCGGUGGAUCAUGGACUGAUAAAAUCAUGGCUGUCAAAGCAGAACAAGAGACCAAGGAUGAAGAAGAUGGAGCAGGAGCUGAUGACAAUGAAUGGGACGACUAAAAUGGACUCAUCAAUUGUACAGCAUGGAUA